AUGAUUACUAGAAAACAAAAGCUACAAAGACUCCAUAAUUCUACCACAAAACGAUUGACUACUGUGUAUAAAACAUAUUUGAUCUAUUAUGGGAAUUGGUGUAAAAAUAAUGAUUUAUUGGUAAAAUAUGCAGAUCAGUUUCAACCGUUGUCUAAUGAUAAUGAUAAUGACAAUAAUAAUAAUACUGAUAACAAUAACACUGAUAAUAAUGAUGAUUUUCAACAAAACGACGAUAUAUCAAAUGAUGAUGAAGCUGUCAUAUAUAAAAACUUGCCCAUAUCAUCCCAGCUAGUACAUCAAUUUUUAAUCGAAAAUGUAAUACAGAAGUUUAAAAGCAAAUAUAAUGAGGAUGAAAGUAUCACAGAUGUUUUGUCUCGAUGGGUUAAUGGUUUUAUCUUCAUAUCUAAAUUAUGCGAUAUAUAUGGUAAUUUGAUGAUCAAAAGAAAUAGACUAGAUGAAGAUUAUCUCUUCAACAUGAUUCAACUUCAUACAUAUGCUAAUGAUCCCACUAAACAUAUUCCUUGUUAUAAAAUAUCAAUAAAUUCAUGGAACUCAAAUACCAAGAGUUUAAAUUCAAUUGUUUUUAAGACAGCUAAUGAAAAAUUGAAGUUUUUGGUUGAUUUCCAUAUUACAACAUAUCUAAGAUUAACUUUUAAAGAGAGAUCACAGAUAAGAUUAUGUUCUUUCCGAUUAUUAAAUAAUACAAAAAUUAUUCUUGACACAAAGUAUUCGAAGGAUUUGGCUAUACUAUAUUAUGAUUUAUCUCUUGACAAUUUUUCAAAAGAAAUUAGAAAACCUUUAGCUUUAUUGCCUCACGAGAACCCGUUCCUAUGUCCAUAUACGACAUUAGCAGCUUCUCUAUUUCUAAGAUUCUAUGGUAUCCGCUAUUUCUCUAAAGGUGAAGGCUUCCCUAAUUUAUAUGAUCCUAAUGAAGUAGCGAAUUUAUAUCUAUUAUCAUCAAAAUAUGAAUCAAAGUAUCCUAAGGAAUCGAUGAUUGGUAGCUAUUAUUCUAACAUGUUUAAAUAUUGUGAUAUUCCAUACAAGAAAAAAUAUUAUUUUGAAAAAUUGUAUCCAGUAUAUCCCACAUGGACAUCUAAUUUAUAUUUUGGUAAAUUUGAAGAACUGUUUUCUAAUGAUAGAGUGCCAUGGGAUUAUAUGAACAUUUUAAAUGGAUAUAAUCCAUACUGUGAAACAACGAGAAUCAAACUUGGAACAGAAUCCAACAUCCCAUCUCGAGAUAUAAUUUCCUCGGUCUUCCCUGAAAUAGAAAUUUAUAGGGGUAAUUGGAACCAAUUAUCAACAGAUUCUAAAAGAUUUAUUAAAAUGUUGGAAGUAAUUAGGUUUAAGUUUGUAUUGGAUUUACCAGUCAUUUAUAAGAUUUUUCCAGAGCACGAUAUUUUUAUGCAUCCUAUCUUUAAAGAACCAAGAUUACAAUAUUAUUUAAAUGGUAUUCAAUUGCAAGACCAUGAACCGUUAUUUUUUAAGGUAGACUGGACACUAGAUAAUGAUGGUCCUAAUAAAAGCAGUCUUUUCAAUUUAUACGAGGGAUUAGUUGAUCAACCUUCUUUCCUAUCAAAUAUUGAUUUGCCGGAAGUUAAUGUGAAAUCAUUAAACUUGGAUAUAAAGCGGUCUAAUUCGUUUGAUGAAGGUAAAAGCAUGCAAAAACAAAGUGGCUCUUCAGAUAUGUUUCAAUUUCCAGUGAGAUUUUUAGACAAACCACAAAAAAAUACUGAAGAAGUUGUUAAGAAAGCUCCAAUUGAAUUGAAGGUUUCGCCAAAUAUAGAUGAAGUUUCGGAACAAUUAAGAGAAGAAAAUUUUAAAUUUAUUCAAAUUCAAACUUUGAACAUUUUUCAAGAAUUUACUGAUUUAUUAUCUGAUAUUUUUGCAUAUCUUCCAUUGAAGUCAUCUUCUAAAAUGGAGAUAGAUAAGAUUAUGAAUGGAUAUGUAGAAGUAUUGAACUCUAAGUUAAAGGCAACUACACCUACUAAUAUAAAACAAUAUUUGUCAACAAAUAGAUCUUUUAAAAAAAAAGGUUCCAGAAGAAAAGAUACAUCCCUUAUAGAAUUAGAAGAUAGUGGAAGUAAUAGUGAUGAUGAUCACAGAGUUCCUUUACCGAUUUUAAAAAGAGAAAAAUCAAGUUCACUAUUUAGAGUUUUCAGUGUAAGUGGCCAUUCUAGUGAUGAAGAUGAGGAAAAAAUUUCAGAGGAACCACCUACGGAGGGAAAGAAGAAUAAACAGACACGUCACAGAAAUACUGAAGAUAAACAAGAAGGAAAUGAAAAGAAAGAAGAAGAGAGCAAUAAUGAUAGUGAAGAGGAUGACCAGUCAGACCAGGAAGAGCAGUUAAAAGAUAUGAUUGAUGAAUUAGUUACAACAAAAGUGGGUAUUUUAUUGAAAAGACAAAUGGAUAUGUUAGAAAAUAAAAUGGAGAAAAUAGUAGAUAGUAUAAUUGAAUCUAAGUUAAAUCAAAAAAUUGAUUUUUUUAUUGAACAUAGACUAAAAAGAUCUGUAGAUGAGUAUUUGAAACAAAAUGAAUUAGAUAUAAUACCAUCAAAACGAAUAAAGGUUAUGGAGAGCAAUUUUGCUCAAAGGGUGCAGAAUAAGGCAACUGCAUUAUCUUUAAAUGGAGGGACAAGAACAACAGAAUCGCCCAAUGAUAUUAAUUCAGAUUAUUCAAUAACAGAGUCAACUCCAGUUUCAAUUAAGAAUUUUCAAGAUAAUAAUUCUGUCUCGAAUAGUGACAAUUAUAAUUCAUUAAGUUUUCAUAUGCAACCAUCGAUUAAUGACAUUCAAGAUGUUAUAAUUGAAUGGUUCUCACCAAAUCCUGCUAUGAAUAACGAAUGUGUGCACUCAAUGGAUAAUAAAUAUGGUAGAGCAUGGCGAUCUAAGAACGACCAUAUUUAUCAGAUAAGGGAACAUAUUGUUGAUUAUUACGUGUAUCUGACAACAAUUGAAGCACUUGAUAAUUUACAAGCCAUUGCUUAUUGUAAAAAAUUACAAGGACAAAGGACCAUUGAAGAGUUUUCAAACUUUUUAGAAAUAUACAAGAAUAGCCAUCAUGGUUCGUUUGAGGGGCUAUAUCAAGGAUAA